AUGGCGUCUGCUGCAGAAGAUUCCCCUUUGUUACCCAACCACCACAGCCCGGCGUCCCCGCGGGCGAAUCGGACGUCGCGGUCGGUGACAUUCAACCCUCUGACGACAAUCAGUACCUAUGGCGGUACCACCUCCGAUCCUACCUUUCGUCCUCUACAGACCGGCUCUCCUCCAGUGCAAAAUAUCAAUGCCCAGGGUGGCUCUCCUCGUCACAUCACCCAGCCAAUGCUAUCGGCUUUGAACAGUAAACUACGACGUCGUAAUAGCCAUGGUGCCCCCUUGAGUACACCCCCGAAUACGGCUCCUGCAUCGAAAAUCGGCCCACAACGUACCACCAAGAAGGCGCAGAAAUUGAAACUUCUCCCAGACCCUGUGACAGAAGAGGAUGAAGAGACUGAUGGAGAAUUUCCCCGAGAUGUCUACUCACAAAUCACCCGUAUCAAAGAGCCUGCCGCACGAAGCCAUGCCGCUCGAUUGGGCAAGGCCGACCGUGAUCGCAUUCCUCGAGUAACGGCCUACUGUACGGCUAACUCAUAUAGAUUGGAGGGAGUUAUCAAAUUCCUCAAAUCCAGGGCCAAGACCCGUGGAACGAACCCCAAAUUAUAUGAUGAAUGCGUCUAUUCGGGGUUCGACUAUCAAUAUGAGGAGAAGCAGAAAGUGAGAACAUUCCAGACAUCUGGCAACAAUGAGCAUCAUGAACGACGAGCUAGCGAGCGCAGAUAUUCGGACAGUGUCGUGGAAGUGGAGGACAACACAAAGACCCGAAGAGAAGAUUUAAUUGAUUUCCGCGAUCAGGCCGUCUCCGAUGACCAAUUUGAUAUCGAUACGACAAUCCACAUGCCCGAAAUCUUUCUAUUUGACUAUGGCACAGUUGUCAUAUGGGGUAUGACUCCUGCACAAGAGUCACGCUUCCUUUCCGACAUAUCAAAGUUCGCGUCAUCAAUAUUGAGUCCAGAUGAUACCCAAGUCGAGAAUUUCAAUUUCUACUAUGCGCGCGAGUACCAGGCCCGGAUCUAUAACGACUUUAUCUCACUCCGUGAUCCGCGAAAUCAUAUGAUCAAGUUGGCGAUCUCGCACGCCCUUGCUCAAUCUGUCAAGACCUCCCUGUUUGAGGAUCUGGUAUCCGAAACCAUUUCUGACACAGCUCCAUUGCCGGCUCAGAUUGCGCAGACGGGUAGUGUCAAUCUGACACGUAAACAGAUCAACAUGCAGAUUGGAGAGCUAUUCAUCUUGCGAAUCAAUAUCCAUCUGCAAGGAUCUGUCCUAGAUAGUCCUGAGCUUUUCUGGGCGGAGCCUCAACUGGAGCCUGUUUACCAGGCUGUUCGGAGCUACUUGGAAAUGGACCAGAGAGUUAGUCUACUUACUGAGCGACUGGAUGUCAUUGCGGACUUGCUUGCCGUGCUGAAAGAUCAAUUGACACACCGUCAUGGCGAAUAUCUUGAAUGGAUUGUCAUCGUCCUCAUUGCCGCAGAGAUCCUUGUCGCAGGUAUCAACAUUCUCGUUGAUCUGUACGCAGGCGUUGACUGA